CGUUCAGAUUCAGAAAGACUGCGUUUUCUAAAAAUAUUAAUAUUAAAUUAAUAUUAAAAAUUAAAGCGUUCUCAAAGCGGGUAAAACGACACUUUGACUAUAAUGCAACGAAGUUUAACACAGUCGAAAGAAGCUUUGCUUAAGUCUUACAAUACUCGUUUGAAAGAGGAUGUCCGUAGCAUGCUGGAAAACUUUGAGGAAAUCGUCCGCCUGGCUAAAGGGGAAAAUGAAACCCAACUAUCAAAAAUGACGCAGUGCGAACAAGAUACUUAUGAAAUGCAAGUGCGGGCUUCAAAUAUAGUGCGUGCCGGUGAAUCCCUGAUGAAGCUUGUGUCCGAUAUCAAACAGUAUCUCAUAUUGAACGAUUUUCAUUCGGUCAACGAUGCUAUAUGCAGCAGUUCACAGUUGUAUCGAAAUACGCAGCUCGAUCGGGAUACUAAACUCAUGGCAGUGCGUGACGAUAUGGCCGCAGACUUGUACGAUCUCGAAGAGGAAUACUACACUAGCAUGUAUAAGUAAACGAUAA